CACUGAUACCGCUCGGCAUUGGAAAAUAGUUUACAUUUAAUAAGAGUGGAAGGUGGAAGAUUAGCGUUUAGUGUUAAAUUGUUAGCGAACGAUGAAGGAAGAAAGUUCGAUUGUGAGGUUAUACCGCACGCCCGGUUGUACGAAGGCAAAGAAAGAAGAAAUCCUGCAGAAACUACAGCAAAAAUGCGGCAGCUUGAAGGAUGUUCGAACCGAAAUUUGCUACCACGUCGAAACCCGUAAAUCGCUGAAGAACUCCGAAUUGGACAUGCUAAAAUGGGUCCUCCGAGACCCCUUCAGUCCAGAAAAUCUAACAGAAAAACCGCAAUUGCAACAAGAAACCGGUAAAAUUCUAAUCGAAGUCGGUCCGAGCUUCAAUUUCUCAACAUCCAAUUCCACGAACGCUGUUUCGAUUUGCAACAAUCUCGGUUUAAAGCAAAUCGUACGACUGGAAGUCUCCCGUAGAUAUCUACUCGAAUUCGGUAAAGGCACUAAAAUACCAACAACUCUAGAAAAUCAAUUAGCUUCACUGCUAUACGAUCGUAUGACGGAAUGCCGGUACACCCCCGAGAACAUCCCGAAGAAAAGCUUCAAUGAGAAACUCACCAAAAAAGAGGACAUAAAGGAAAUAGACGUGCUAGGUAAAGGCGUAGAAGCUUUAAAAGCUAUGGAUGCUGAGCUGGGUCUAGCAUUCGACGAAGCCGAUUUAGUAUACUAUACUAAUUUAUUCAAAAAUGUCCUCAAAAGGAACCCCACUAACGUAGAGUUGUUCGAUGUAGCUCAAUCUAACAGCGAACAUAGUAGGCACUGGUUUUUCAAAGGUAAAAUGAUUAUCGAUGGAACCGAACACGAAGAAUCUCUUAUAGACAUGAUCAUCGAGACACAAAAGCACACGAAUCAAAACAACGUGAUUAAAUUCAGCGAUAACAGCAGUGCGAUUAAAGGAUUCCUACACAGGACUUUAAAGCCUGUUACUGCUGGGUCGGUCAGCGAACUCAAACAAGUACCUACGGAGUCGCAUUUAAUUUUUACGGCUGAAACGCACAAUUUCCCUACCGGUGUGGCCCCUUUCAGCGGAGCUACCACGGGUACCGGUGGAAGGAUAAGGGAUGUGCAGUCAGUCGGUAGGGGUGGCUACUGCAUCGCCGGUACGGCUGGAUACUCCGUUGGGAAUCUUCAAAUUCCAGGCUACGUUCUUCCAUGGGAAGAUCAAUCCUUCUCCUAUCCAUCGAACUUCGCCCCGCCAUUGGAGAUCCUCGUAGAGGCCAGCAACGGCGCUUCGGACUACGGCAACAAAUUCGGCGAGCCCCUCAUAUGCGGUUUCGUCCGAACUUUCGGUCUGAAAGACGCCUCCGGCGAGCGAAAGGAGUGGAUCAAACCCAUCAUGUUCAGCGGCGGCAUCGGCUCCAUGGAGGCCGAUAUGACGGAGAAACUAAAACCAGAACCCGGCCAUCAGAUCGUCAAAAUCGGCGGGCCCGUUUACAGGAUAGGAGUCGGCGGGGGAUCGGCCAGUUCUGUAGAAGUACAGGGAGAUAAUAAAGAAGAUUUGGACUUUAAUGCCGUACAAAGAGGUGAUGCUGAAAUGGAGAACAAAUUGAACCGAGUGGUUCGAGCCUGCUUGGAAUUGGGGCGAAAGAACCCCAUCGUGAGCAUCCACGAUCAAGGAGCCGGCGGGAACGGUAACGUCCUGAAAGAAUUGGUGGAACCGAUCGGUGGAGUAAUUUACGCGAACAAGUUCGAAUUGGGCGAUCCGACGAUUAAUAUACUCGAAUUGUGGGGGGCUGAAUAUCAGGAAAACAACGCGUUGUUGUGUAAAAAGAAGGACGUGCCGUUGUUGAAGAGCAUUUGCGAUAGAGAAAGGUGUCCCGUGAAUUUCGUCGGGGAAGUUACCGGUACUGGAAAGGUCGUGUUGGCUUUGGACGAGAGUAAAGCGGUGACGCCUUUUAAUUUGGAACUGGAGCAUGUUUUAGGUAAAAUGCCGAGAAAGGUAUUUAAAUUACAACGUAAAUCGACUUUGCACAAACCGAUCGAACUACCCAGAGCUCUCUCGAUAUACCAAUCCUUAGAAAGAGUACUGAGGUUGCCAUCUGUAGCUUGUAAAAGAUACCUCACUAAUAAAGUCGAUCGUUGCGUUACCGGCUUGGUAGCUCAACAACAAUGCGUCGGGCCAUUACACACUCCUCUAGCCGAUGUUGCCGUAACAGCCAUUUCUCAUUUCGGUUAUGAAGGUAUCGCUUCUUCAAUCGGCGAACAACCGAUCAAAGGACUAGUCAAUACGGAAGCCGGAGCUCGAAUGACAGUCGCAGAAGCGCUCAGUAAUCUCGUAUUCGCCGGUAUUACCGAUUUGCGGGACGUCAAAUGCAGCGGUAACUGGAUGUGGGCGGCCAAAUUGCCGGGAGAGGGCGCUGCUCUGUUCGACGCUUGCAAGGCAAUGUGCGAUUUGAUGUCCCAAUUGGGCAUCGCUAUAGACGGCGGGAAGGAUUCCCUAAGUAUGGCCGCUCGCGUGGGCAAAGACACCAUCAAAGCUCCCGGAACUUUGGUUGUUUCCACUUACGCGCCGUGUCCGGACGUUAGAAGGGUCGUGACGCCUGAUUUCAAAGCCCCUUCGAUGGGUAAACGAGGUACCGUGCUCUUCGUGGAUCUCUCGCGUGAUUACAACCGUUUGGGCGGUUCGGCGCUAGCCCAAGCUUUCGGGCAAUUGGGAGACGCAUCGCCCGAUCUCAACAGUGCGCAGGACUUGAUAAACGCCUUCAAUGCCACUCAACAAUUAGUCAAAGAUGGAUCGAUUUUAGCCGGACACGAUGUAUCCGAUGGUGGAUUGAUUGUGUGUCUUUUAGAGAUGUGUUUCGCCGGUUUGGCCGGUAUGGAAAUCGACAUACAACAUCGACAGGGUAAACCGUUGGAAAUUCUGUUUUCCGAAGAGGUCGGUUGGAUUUUGGAAGUGCUGGAAAGUGACGUCGGUCAUUGUAUGGAAGUAUUUAAUAGUAACAACGUACCUGUAUAUAAAAUCGGCAACUCAGUUGGGUACGGCAUAAAAUCGAAAAUAAGCAUAGCAGUGAACAAUACAUGCCUCGAAAGUACAGUAUUUCCUCUAAUGAAAAUGUGGGAAGAAACCAGCUACAGAUUGGAGCUACAUCAAACCAUCAUGUCGUGCGCGAAUUCGGAAUUCCACAGUCUCCAAAACAGAACCGGUCCCAAAUAUGUUCUAACAUUCGAUCCCGACGAGGAUAAGAUCGUGAAAGACGAGUUAGUACCGGUAGCUGUAAUAAGAGAAGAAGGUACCAACGGCGACAGAGAAAUGGCUGCGGCUUUAAUCAGGGCAGGAUUUAAAGUGUGGGAUAUCACGAUGCAGGAUUUGGUGAGCGGGGUGGCCAAUUUGGACAGAUUUAGAGGCGUCAUAUUCCCCGGAGGAUUCAGUUAUGCCGACGUAUUGGGUUCAGCCAAAGGCUGGGCCGGUAGCAUAAUGUUCAACGAUCAAAUACGAGAGCAGUUCAACAAAUUCUUCGCACGACCGGACACUUUCAGCUUCGGAACGUGCAACGGUUGCCAAUUGAUGGCCAUGAUCGGUUGGGUAGGCACUCCUAUCAAGCAAGGGGAAAAACCCGAUAUCAUGCUGGAGCACAAUUUCUCCGAACGGUUCGAAUGCAGGUGGAGUACAAUCAAAAUCGAAAAUUCCAAAGCUAUCAUGCUGAAAGAUAUGGACGAAUCCAUAUUCGGCGUUUGGACUUCUCACGGUGAAGGAAGAUUCGUAUUCAAAAACGAAAGUAUUUACAAGGAGUUGGUGCGCAAUAAACUCGUAGCUUUGCGAUACGUAGACGACGACGGGUUUCCCACGGAGGUCUACCCGAUGAAUCCCAACGGUAGCGUCGAAGGUCUAGCGGGAGUUUGUUCUCCCGACGGUAGACAUUUGGCCAUGAUGCCGCAUCCCGAACGGUGCGCCCAGCCGUUCCAAUGUCCCUAUUUACCGCAGAAUUGGACGCACUACAAGAAAAGUCCGUGGGAGAAGAUGUUUACGAACGCUUACGAGUGGUGCAAAAGCAACAAGUUCCAGAACGUUUACUAUUGAUGGUAAAAUCGAGUACAUCGCAGAGUAAUAAUGAUGAUGAUGAAUAUAUUUUUGUACGUACUAGUUUAUUGCAAUUAUAAUUUUAGAGGGAUCGUUGAGAAUUUUUAUAAUAUUUUUAUAUUCAUUGUUGAACUAUUUGCUGUUUUCUAGUUUUGGAAAAUGUGCAAUUCGAUUUUGCAGUUUAUGAUUAAAUUUUACACAUUAA